UUUUAAAUAUUUUAAAUGGCUGGCAAAAGCAAGAAAAAACGAAAUAGUAAAGAUUCAACGUCCAGUAAUGCAGGCAGUGGUGAGGGCGAAGAGAAGAAAAAGAAGGAAGGCAUUAGUGGCAAGAAAAAAGGGGGCGUGGGCAAGUCCAUUGGCUGUGAUAUAUUCAAUGAUGCAGCAAUGGAGAAUGCCUACUAUGUAUGCCACAAUGUGCAGGAUGUACUGAAAACCCGCGGGUUUCCUUGGCCCGAUGGACAAAAGAAGAAGAAGAAGGGCAAGCGUUGAUCAAAUGACUUAAUGACAAAUUAUUUACUU